CGAUUCUGGCCGGACAGAACAGGAUAAAUGGGCUGUAAAGUUUCAUUUCACCACUGUGGAGGAAAUGUUGAUAAACUGAAACUGUUGAACAGUCUGGUAGGGAUGGGUAAUGGGGAGAGGCUCAUACGUAUAGACGCUGGGCAUAUAAAACCGUUAGCCUACUAAGAACAUUUAGUCUGACGACAUAGGUGGCUUCAGAUGAAUUCUUCACACUCCAUGAAAUGAUUGAGAAUCCUACGAUGUGGAAGGAUGAGUUUGAGUAAGAGAAAAACACGACAUUCAUUUGGUGCAACAGCUCCCCCUUUCAUUGAUUACCUGAAGGACAUCCUGCGGAGGUACCCUGAUGGAGGACAGAUAUUAAAGGAGCUGAUCCAGAAUGCGGAUGAUGCCGGGGCGUCGGCGGUUGUGUUCCUCCAUGAUGAGAGAUGCUACGACAGACAGAGCCUCAAGACUGAAGGCCUGGGGAAGUACCAAGGUCCUGCUCUGUAUGCCUUCAACAAUGCAGAGUUCACAGCAGAGGACUGGCAGGGGAUCCAGACCACCGGCCGGAGCGUCAAACGCAACGACCCAAAUAAAGUUGGCAGGUUUGGGAUCGGAUUCAACUCUGUCUACCACAUAACAGAUGUGCCAUCCAUAUUCAGUUCCAAGUACUUGGGCUUCCUGGACCCCCAAGAGAAGCUCUUUGGGGAGCGAAUUCGAGGCUUCCGGUGGUCUCUGGAGGAAGAGGAAGACAAGGAAACUCUACUGAAUCUGCAAGAUCAGUUCCAACCAUUCAGAGAUGUUGUCAAACUAGUCAGUGGCCAAAGGUGGAAGGAUAUCAUCCAGGAGGAGAAGCACUUUAAAGGGACACUCUUUAGGUUUCCUUUACGCAGUGAGGCCUCAGAGAUCUCAGACAACCUGUAUGACUCCAAUAAAGUAGUUCAGCUUUUCGACAGCUUUCUUGCGGAUGCAGACAUAAGCACUCUGUUCCUGAGGAAUGUGUCAUCAGUCUCCCUGCAGCACAUCAACACCAAAGGGUUUGUUAAUGUCCGGCUUGCAGUGACCUCAAGUCCCACAGUUGAUCUGAGUCUGAAGACAAGGAACGAGUCAAACAUUGAUGGAUCAACCUGCUUCAAAACCAUCACCUCUACUUCCGAAGGCAAGAAGCAGACAAAGACCAAGUGGCUUUUGACAACAUGCUGCAUGAAAGAGGGAAAUGUUCCAGAGCUAGAUUUACUGGCCAAGAAGCUGAGUUUCCGCCCUCAAGUUGACUUGGCAUUCCAGUGUAGCCAGGCGAGUGUCCUGACUGAUGGCAGACUGAGUGUCUUCCUGCCCCUCCCAAACAAUGACUCCAACAAGACUGGCUACCCGGUCCAUGUGAACGCCUGCUUUGGCCUCACUGACAACAGGAGACACAUCAAAUGGCAGGAGGAAGACCAGAAGUAUGAUGAAGCUGCGAAGUGGAAUGAGCUGCUGGUGAAGGAGGUCCUCCCUCACACAUACCUCCUGAUGCUGCAGGAUGCCACCAACCUAGCCAAGAGCUCCACACUCCCCGUCUCAUAUGUGUACAACAUCUGGCCAGACCUCAGUCAGACCAAACACAAAGACAAGUGGCAUGGAAUUGCUGAAGACAUUCUACAACGUCUACUCAAACAGAAUACUGCCAUCUUCUCUCUAGCUGAAGAUGAAAGACAGUUUGUUUCUCCCGCCGUGGCUGUGUGCCCAUCCGACGAUACCAUGCCGCCUGAAAUGAUGGCUGCCGUGACCAGGGCCUUGAUUGCAGGUGGAGAAAAACUUGUCACCUUCCCAGAUCAUGUCUCCAGAGCUGUCCAGCUGGCCUUCCCAGACCCGGACACACUGAAAUGGGUGACUCCAGCUCUUGUAAGGGGUGUUCUCCGCAGAGGUGUUGUGUCUAAUCUCUCCAACAAUGACAAACUGUCUCUGCUGCAGUACAUCUUGACUGAUGAGAAUUACCACGACCUCAGGGGUCUGAAGAUGCUGCCUCUCAGUGACGGGACUUUCAAGACAUUCACAAAUGAAGAGAAGGACAUCACUCUCAUUGACAAUGACACAUUUCCAAGAGUAUUGCUGCCAGGUUGCAAAGACCUGUUUCUGCCUGAUGAUCUCAGCACCACUAGCAUCCAACAUUUGAAGCAACUAGCUGCAACAACUGCCUCCAAUGUUGUUUUAGAGAAUUUGGCAGUACAUCCAGGCCUUGCAAACCGCAGACCAUAUGUAACCAUGCCGGCCCAGGACCUCCACAUCAGGCUUCUUCACCUGCGGGAUCGUCUGAGACCAGCCAACUGGACAACUGCGCCAGGUGAACGUGCCCCCUCCACCAAGGGAAGCUGCGUUGCAGCCCGUGCACCCUCCACACAGGGAUAAAGUGCUCCCAAAUCAGCAGGUGCCAGGAAUGCUAUCCAGGUUUGGCUACAGGUGUCGAUGGCCCAUCCAUGUCUGUGUCCACAUUUCGCAUGCUGACCACCUCAGUCCUGCAAAACCAGAACGGGUUGGGCAGAUUGUGACUGAACUCGGAAGAAUAUGAAGGGGUUUGAUUAAUUUACAUAAUGCAAUUGUUGAACGUUUCCCACAACGUGAAUAAAAAACCUAUGCUUUGUA